AUGGCCUCCGGGAGCAAAAGGAAUACUGCGUUUUACUUCGUGAGCGUUGGGAUAGCAACUGUUGGGCUCAGUUUUGCUUUUGUCCCGGCGUAUAGGAAAUUUUGUGAGAAAACUGGUUAUGUUGGACAAACCAAGGUUUCGAAAGGUCUUGACAAAGUAGCUAAAAUGCAAAGAGUUGAAGAUCGCUUGAUUCGAGUUAUUUUCGACGCUAAUGUCCCGCCAACAAUGGAAUGGCAGUUCAAGCCAUCGCAGAGAGAAGUUUAUGUGCACCCUGGAGAAACCGCAUUAGCUUUUUACGAAGCUUACAAUCCAACUGAUCGACCAAUCAUUGGAAUCAGCUCUUACAAUUUAAAUCCCUUUCAGGCCGCAUUCUACUUCACUAAAAUACAAUGCUUUUGCUUUGAAGAACAAAUUUUAUACCCGAAGGAAAAAGUUGACCUGCCAGUUUUCUUCUAUAUCGAUCCUGAGUACGCUAAUGAUCCGGAAUUGGAGGAUAUGAAUACUGUUAUUCUGAGCUAUACUUUUUACGAAUCUUCGAAAGAUCUGGUAUUACCAAGUCCGUUUGAACCUCCUGGAGAGAAAAAAGAUGACUCCAGUGGAAAGGACCCUAAGGAAAGACGAGGCAUAAUAAUGAACAAAACAGUAGAAUGA